AUGACCAUGAGCGCCCAAACCUCUGUGAAGUUUGGCAAACAGAUCCAGCGCAGGCAGCUAGAUCUUCCUGAAUAUGCUGCUAGCUUCGUUAACUAUAAGGCGCUGAAGAAGCUUAUCAAACAACUCAGUGCUACUCCUAACAUCCCGGCGCAAAGAACAGCCGAGGAACUUGCUAGAGAUAAUGCAGAUCCUCAGGCUUUGUUGCGCGCAAACAAGGAGGUGUUCUUUUUUCGAUUGGAGCGAGAGAUUGAGAAAGUCAACGCUUUCUACCUCCAGAAAGAACAAGAGUUCACUCUGCGCCUGAAAACGCUGGUCGAUAAGAAGCGGGUAAUUCAGAACCGUACCAGCUCUAAUUCCAAAGCACCCUCCAACUUCGUUGCGCUAUUCGAAGGGUUCCAGCAGUUCGAUGGCGACUUGAACAAGCUUCAACAAUUCGUUGAGAUCAACGAGACUGCUAUGUCCAAAAUCCUUAAGAAAUGGGAUAAAACCUCCAAAUCUCGCAUGAAAGAGCUAUAUCUCCAUCGGGCCGUGGAAGUCCAACCGUGUUUUAAUCGGGAGGUUCUUCGCGACCUCGCGGACAGAGCCACCACCGCCCGGCUGGAGUUGGAAGCCUGGGCAGAGGGAGAAAACAUCCAAUAUGAUGCUUCGCGUCCGACAGACCGGACCGUCUUCUUGGGCUCCGAAGAGGAUGAGUUAGAUAUCCAGAUGCUACAGUCGGCAUCGACGGGCAAUUUGCAGACACUACGCGAAUGGUUGGCGAGGUUACAUCAAUUUCCGGACGCUCGUGAGCGUGCAACCCGCACUUUCUUAACAGCCAUCAACGGGUUUUCGGAUGAAGUGCUCGCGCUUCUACUGGAGAGUCAACUGGUUGACAUUCACGCCGAGGACGAUAUCAACGAGCGGAACUGUCUCCAUGAAGCCGCUAUCUCUGGCCGUGACUUCGUCUUCAAGGCUGGCCUCAAGGCUUCUGUGGAUGUUUCCCGCUCAGAUGUCUAUGGUCGCAUCCCUCUGCAUUAUGCCUGUAGGAAUGGCCGUGCUGAUAUGGUGCGGGAUCUGCUCAAAGCAGAUCCUAAAACCGUCGACUUCUUGGACCACGAUAAUUUCACUCCUUUGAUUCACAGCAUUGUUAAGAGUCAGUUGGCUUGUGCUGAACAUGUCCUCCGCAGCAAUGCCCGCGUUGACCCGGUGUCAAUGCAGGAACCAGAUCAUAUCCCUCUGAACCUGGCCUGUCAACAUGGUUCGCUUCCUAUUGUGAAGAUGCUCCUCGAGCGAAAUGCCAAGUUGCUACCUGAUGCCGAGGGUCUCUACCCGCAACAUAUGGUCGCUCGUGCAUCACAAUCACCCGAUCUGCUUUUAUUGUUGAAGCACCACGGUGCUGACCUCGAUCAGAAGGACAAGCUAUACCAGUGGACUCCGCUUUUCCACGCUGCCAGCGAAGGCUGCGUCCCCUGUCUACGCACGCUCCUUGAGUGCGGUGUGGAUUCACAGGUUGCUGAUGAGAAGGGUCUCUCAGCGAUGUACUACGCUGCUUGGGAGGGGCAUUUGGAGUGUAUGCUUCUUCUCUGGGCCCAGCCGGCUCGGGGUAAACCACCCGCGCUAGGACCGCUUGACAUUCUGAAUGGCGUUCGGAUGCAAGAGCCCGGCCCGAUGGGUGACCCGAUGUCUAUGGAUCCCGGUCACUCUGAGAUGGAAAUGACCGAUGGCAUCCCGGACCUAGAGUUGCCUCCUCCCAUCAUCCCCCUCCGUCGCUAUGGUCAUAACUUCCUUGACAAAAAGGUCUUUGUUCAGCUUUUGUUCGAUCAAGGGAAUGUUGGAUCCAUUGCCUUCGACCAGGCAGGUCGCCAUCCCGCUGCUCGUAUGACCAUCUCUUCCAAGCUUUCCGAUCUCAUCCCCCGUACUAUCAUGCUCCCUAUCCAGGAUGAUUCCCGUACGAUAUCCUUCCACGUGGAUAACUUGGAUACAUUCGCCGUGGACUUCGAGAUAUUCCCUACGUUUGGCUCAAAAGUCAUUGCGAAGAGUGUCGCUCUUCCAGAGCUCUUCCGCGCCGAAAAAUCCAGUACUGGCUCGGGCUGUCUGCCGCUUUUCGAUCCCCGGCUUCGCGGAAUCGGCCAACUGCGAUUCAACUUCCAGGUCAUCAAGCCAUACCACGGCGAUCCCCUGGAGAUCACGCACUUUGCCACAUAUUGGAAGGCGACUAGUGCCCAAGACUCGGAACACAAUGGCUUCGUCACUGGAUCCAGUUUGUCGGGUGACUAUGUUCAAUUGUUCGUGCAGCUGACUCGUGACCGUGUUGCUGUCUUGUACCCGCAAUUCACGAUCAAUCAUCACGGAAUUGAGAUCCCGAUAUCUCAUUUGACAUUCGAUCAGUUCCAAUUCAUCGGCGCAGAGCGCGGUGUUAAUCAACUCACGAUCCUCGAUUUCUUGUCCGCGGAGGCGGCUUCUGAUAUGCCCAAGACCCAUCGUCUCCUCGCAAAUUCCUUCCUGCCAUUACGGGAUGUUCUCCGCCAACUCCCUAUCGACUUGAAUGUCAACAUCUCCAUCCUCUACCCGUCCCCUGCGGAGGAGAAGAGACUCGCCAUGACCUCCUUGGCGGAUGUGAACAGCUUUGCCGACGCUAUUCUGACCGAUGUCUUCGACCACGCUCGUGUUGCUAGAGAUAAGAAUCCGGACUUCAUGCGCUCUGUCGUUUUCACCUCCUAUAACCCCAAUAUCUGUAGUGCUCUCAACUGGAAGCAACCCAACUAUCCCGUUCUUCUCUGCAAUGACCUUGGUCAGAUUCGUGACCUCACUCGCAAUGUUGACUCGAAACCCCAUGUCAACAGCAGUGGUCGGGCUUCGAUGUCCAUCAAAGAAUCUGCACGCAUUGCCCAAAGUAACAAUUUCAUGGGAUUGAUAUGCAGAUCUAGUCUAUUGAACGUUGUCCCCGCACUAGUUGAAACCAUCAAAGAACUUGGUCUCGUGCUUGUGGCUGAUACCUCCGAUGAGGUCAGUCAGUCGGACCAAGUCGAAGAACUACCCACCGACACCAUGGGUGUUGCAGAAUGGGCAUACCGCAUGCCAGAUGGUGUCAACGGUGUCAUGAAAGCGAACGGCAUCCUGAGAUUCAACGAUAUGAUCGACAUGUGA